AGUACCAUCAACUUGUUUGAUAUGCAUUAUAACUUGGAAUACUCCCAUCAAUGUAACAUAACCAUUAACCAUGUUACUAAUACUUAUUCUCGUGAGCUCAAUUCUAGUUUUCAUCUAUUUAAAUGGACUUUACAAUGAACGUUAUUGGAAAAAGCGUGGCAUCACUUUCCAUAAGAAAAACAAAGUCAUGGGAGUGUUUUGGGAUUUCUUGACUACGCGUCGGGCGUUUUUCGAAAACCUUUGCGACUUAUACAAGGAGUAUCCUAAUGAACCUGCAAUUGGCAUUGGUUCUUUUCUCACACCGUGUCUGUACGUACGAGAUCCAGUCAACAUCCAGCAUGUACUAUCAUCCGAUUUCAAUUCUUUCAACCAUAGAGGAGUUGAGCCAAACGAAGAGGAUGUACUAGCAGGCACUAUUCUCUUCCUGAAUGGGAAAAAGUGGAAACUGGUCCGACAGAGCAUGACACCGCUGUUUACUUCGACGAAACUAAAAAGCAUGUAUUACAUCAUAGACAAGAGCGCGCAAGACUUCGUCACUUACUUAAAGGAAAAUCCUAAAUUACUGAAAAGUGAUACAUUUGCAACCCUUUCGACAUUCUGCAGUGCAGCGAUCGGUGCAGCAGUCUUUGGACUUACAACAAAUUCCAUUUUCGACUCACCCUUUCUGAAAAUCGCUUGCAGUGCCUUCGAAGCUACUUUUGUUCGCAACAUCAAAUUCGCAAUCGCCAACUUAUCUCCUUCGCUGUUCAAACAUUUGAAUAUUAGCUUUUUCAAAGAAUACGAACAGUUCUUCAUAGGCGCAAUCAAACAGGUCGUUAGACAGAGAGAAAGUGAGAAUGUGAAAAGACACGAUUUCGCCGAUAUCUGCGUCUCUUUACAAAGCAAUGGGAAACUAAAGGACUCUGAAACUGGGUACGAAUUGGAACCCACGGACGAGCUUCUCGCUGCCCAGGCAUUUUUCUUUUUCGUCGCAGGCGUUGAACCAACCGCCGCUGCAAUAUUUGCUACAUUAGUUGAACUAGGAAAACACCCGGACUUGCAGCAAAAACUACACGAAGAAAUCGACAAAGCUUUCGAAGAAAACGAUGGCAAAAUGACAUACGACAUCGUUGCUAAUUUGAAAUACUUAGAUAUGGUAACUAACGAAGCCAUGCGAAUGCAUCCUCCGAUCGGGUUUUUAUCAAGAAAAUGUACAAAGGACUCGGUUCUACCAAACGGAAAUAUCAAAGUUGAAAAGGGAACCAAAAUAUUGACAGCAAUAUAUGAGCUCCAUCACGAUCCAAAAUACUUUCCUGAUCCAGAAACUUUUAACCCAGAAAGAUUCUCGAAAGAAAAUAAGAAUGCCACUUUAGAUUUGACGUACAUGCCCUUCGGUAAAGGGAAUAGGAUCUGUGUUGGGAUGAGGUACGCACAGCUGCAGGCAAAAGCUGGCUUAGUACAUUUAUUACGACAUUUUUCCCUUAAAACCAUAGUUUAUAAGGAACGGCCAAAGUAUCGAAAGGAUCAAGUGCAAGUGAGGUUGAAUAACGUCGAUGUUGAAUUGAUUCCUAGACUACACACGUGUGAAAAGAAAAUGUUGCCAGUGCUACUCUUUAUUUGCAUUGCAGUUUUAGCUUUAAUUUACCUAAAUGGUAUACACAAUGAAAGCUAUUGGAGAAAACGUGGUGUCACCUUCUACACAAAAAACAAAACUUUGGGAGUGUUUUGGGAUUUCUUGAUCAAACGUCGAGCGCUUUUCGAAUAUCUUCACGAUAUUUACAAGGAAUAUCCGAACGAACCCGCAGUGGGCAUUGGAUCAAUUCUAACACCAACGCUGUAUGUACGAGACCCUCUUAACAUUCAGCAUGUAUUGACAACAGAUUUUAACUCAUUCAGUCACAGAGGUUUCGAACCAAAUCAAGACGAUCUUCUCGCUGGUAACAUUUUGUUCUUAAACGGCGCAAAAUGGAAAUUAGUUCGACAAAGAAUGACGCCGCUCUUCACGUCAGCAAAACUGAAGAGCAUGUACUACAUAAUGGAUAAAAGCGCGAAAGACUUCGUUCAUUACCUCAAGGACAACCCUACAGUAAGGAAAGGGGACGCGUUUAAUACUCUAUCAACAUUUUGCAGUGCAGCUAUCUGUGCUUCUGUAUUCGGAGUUACCACGAAAUCUGUUUUUGACUCUCCUUUCCUCGAUGUCGCUAGACGAUCAAUGAAUCCAAGCUUUAAACGCAAUAUCAAAUUUGCUCUCGCAAAUUUAAGUGAAUCGUUGUUUAAAAUACUUAAUAUCCAAAUAUUUAAAGAGUUCGAAAGCUUUUUUAUAGCCGCAAUAAAGCAGGUUAUCCAUCAACGUAAAGCGGAAAAUGUUAAGAAGCAUGAUUUCGCAGAUAUAUGUGUCUCUUUACAAGAGCAUGGAAUGAUGAAAGAUAUGGAUUCAGGGUUGGAGUUGGAACCAACAGACGAGCUGCUCGCUGCUCAAGCUUUCUUCUUCCUCAUCGCGGGUGUGGAACCUACUGCUUCUGCAAUGUUUGCUACGUUGAUGGAGGUAGGUAAACACCCAGAAGUUCAGAAUCGCCUUCAAAUAGAAAUCGAUAAAGCAUUUGAUAAACACGAGAACGAUAUUUCGUACGACGUUGUCACUAAUAUGGAGUAUUUAGAUAUGGUAAUGUGUGAAGCAAUGAGACUCAAUCCUGCCAUUGGUUUCCUAACUAGGAAAUGUGUUGAAGACACUCUUUUGCCCACUGGUAACAUCAAAGUAGACAAAGGAACUAAAAUAAUGGUACCGAUUUACGAACUACACCACGAUUCUAAAUAUCACCCGGAUCCAGAAGUAUUCAAUCCAGAAAGAUUUUCGGCAGAGAACAAGAAAAAUAUAUUAGAUAUAACAUACAUGCCGUUCGGUAAGGGCAACAGAAAUUGUGUGGGAAUGAGGUAUGCGCAAAUGCAAGCUAAAUCAGGUCUAAUACAUUUGCUGCGCAACUUUUCAUCUAGUACAAAUGUAUUAGCGGGUGGUGUUAAAUAUCGUAAGGAACAGGUUCAAGUUAGAGUAACCAAUGUGGAUAUUAAACUUAUUCCUAGGCGAUAAUUUUAUUAAUGAAUGCUUAUCAUGCGUAAUGUAUAAUAAUUAAUUAAUGAUUAUGUAAAUAACUAAGCGUACCUACCCAUAAUAUGUGUGACCGAAGUUACCCCUACGCCCGUUUUAUGGGCAACCAUUUUGCACCGAAUAUGCACCAUUUGCAACUGAAUUUCCGGUUACUGAUGAAAAAUAAUAUGAAUGGCAAUCCGGAUAAUCGUGUAUCCGGAUAACUGAGGUCCGGAUAAUGUCUACUGUGUAUCUAAAGUAGGUCCCUAUUCCAUUUUGAUGUCCCGUCUAAGGUACAACUGCCAGAGUAUGUAUUUUUGAACCCGCGCCACAUUAGCUAUACCAUGCUAGAACUGACCCUGAUUAUAAUAUAAUAUAAUGUACCUACCUAGAGAAGAGUGGAAAUAAGAAAAAAUUGAUUAAGACAGAACAACAUAAUUAAUUGCCUCAUAGAAUUAUUAUUAUAAAGGUAUAACGAUUAAAACUAUGUGUAAUAGAUCGAGAUACAUAAAUAAAUAUAACAAUAGCUCUUUA